AUGCCCCAACAAACCAUAAGUCGACAUUUUACGACGCUUUCGGGGUUUUAUUAUAGUGGGCUAAGAGCUCAGACAUCGUUAGGAAUGCCGAAAAUAUUGAAUGAGCGGGUGGGUAGGCCUAGGACUGCUGAGGAUGAAAUGAGUGGUCUUCCUGGACUGGAAUCGAAGCGCAUUGACGUUGUAGCAACUUUCGAAACAGCCGAAGCCUCUUGGCCACAUGGUGCUUGCCGCAUACGAACCAACCUCUGGCAAUUACUAAUUACCGGUCGUUCUGGAUCACCUAUGUUGAUUCUGAUCACACCCCUGUCCGUUGCUGCUUUCCUUGCGCUUUUCGGAAGCAUCAUCAUCAUCAUCAUUAUCAGCUACUUGUUCCGUAGAAAUGAUAAUGCAUUUGCAUUUCAACAUGCAAGCACAGUGAUUGAGCUAUCUACUCCGUCAGUCUCCACUCGCUUCCGGCUGCGCGCCUCUAGUAAUCCAGAAGCUUAUGUGGCGGCGUGUGCAGCGAUUGGUAUUGUGCUAAGGCGGAAGUAUCCUUACUUGACUGGAUACCUGUUGAUAGUCGCCUCUGUGCGGUUCGUCUGGCCUGUUGAGACAAGGCUUCUGGCGUCAUUGAUUCUUCGUCGUCUCAUGGCGUCACGCGAAGUCUUGACUCGUGAGAAUCAAGCGGGAUUUCGACCGGAUAGAGGCUUCGUUGACCACAUCUUCACACUCCGUCAGGUGUUAGAGCAACGCCACAUGUACAGACGACCCACAAUCCUGGUAUUCCUUGACUUCAAGGACAGGUUUUACGACACCCUGAAUGUACUGCUGCGGCGAGCUAAAAGCCCGGUUAUCGUAGUGGUUGCCGGAGAUAUGAAUGCGCAAGUGGGCAGGCUCAGUGCAUCUGAGACUCAGUUAGGAGGUCGACAUGGACUGGACUUGGAACUUACGGACAAUGGGGAACGAUUGCUUCAGCUCUGUGUUGAUCGCAGGCUAUUUUUAUGCAGUACGAACUUCCGAAAUAGCCGAAAUCGCCUGGCUACUUGGUGUCCUCCAACGGCAGGCCGGCCACAAGCUCAAAUCGACCACAUUGCCUUCAGUUACCAAUGGAGCGGAUUAAUAACUCACUGCCGGUCGUUUUGGAACACAUUUGUGGGCGCUCACCACGCGCUCGUCCGGAGUCACUUCUCCCUACUCACAGGAAUCAUCUUCAAUAAUUUGAAUCCAUACUUGGACGAGAUUGCCACCGCUUUGCAUAGUGCUGGGAAUUUCGCCUGUGGCACCACCCAUCCAGGCGCACUCAAGCACUGGAUAUCAGACCGAACGGUGGCACUACUUAAAUCUCGAAGAAAUAUCCCAGCCGGUCCCGAACAUAACCCGAUGCGAAGAGUUGUCAGACGUCAAGUGAAAGUGAGCUUGCGAUCCGACCGUGAAGUAUGGUGGACACAGAAAGCCAAAGAAAUGGAAGAGGCCCAGAAGGCCGGUAAUGCCCGAAUUUUAUUUCAGUUGAUCCGUGCGACUGGUCCGCGGAAACCACCUGAGUGA